AGUAAGGAGGAGGUGAAGGGCUCUGAAUGCCUGGAGCAGUUCAGGGCUAUGCAGGAGUGUAUGCAGCGCUACCCAGAGUUCUAUCCACAAGAAGAUGAGAAGGUGCAAGAACAAUCAUCAGAAACGAAGCCGACCUCACAAGACUCUUCAUCUGCAGAAACGUCAGUGGACGGUCCGCAGUGAACGCCGCCUUCAACCUCCAGCGGGAACUCUGUGUUCAGGUUUUUGCUCAAGUCUGUGGCAGAAAGUCUUCGCCAGGAUGUGUUCUCUAAAGGAGAUGUGCAGCGGUUUACCGCUGGACCCCUUGCCUCUGAAUCGGGGAAGAGACCCCAAUGUGCCACACGCACCGAUGCGGACCCCAAACCUCACAGCAGAGGAAGAACGGCUGGCGCUGAGAAAUGCUCUGCGUUAUUUCCCUCCAUCCCACCACGCAACACUUGCACCCGAAUUUGCUCAAGAGCUGCGGCAGUACGGACACAUCUACAUGUACCGCUUCUGCCCCGCGUUCCACUUGAGAGCUUACCCGAUAGGUCAGUACCCAUGCCGCACGCGUCAAGCUGCCUCCAUCAUGCUCAUGAUCAUGAACAAUCUGGACCCAGCAGUUGCUCAGUUCCCCCAGGAGCUUGUCACCUACGGAGGGAAUGGACAGGUGUUCAGCAACUGGGCCCAGUUUUGCCUGGUGAUGCAUUACCUGAGUGAGAUGACCGAGGAACAAACUCUGGUCAUGUACAGCGGUCAUCCCAUGGGCCUGUUCCCCAGCCUGCCUUCAUCACCUCGCGCCAUCAUCACCAACGGCAUGGUUAUUCCGAAUUACUCAUCGAGAAAUCAGUAUGAAAAAAUGUUUGCUCUUGGUGUAUCGAUGUACGGUCAAAUGACAGCAGGCAGCUACAGCUACAUUGGACCUCAGGGGAUUGUUCAUGGCACUCUGCUGACUCUGCUGAAUGCCGGCCGGAGGUACUUGGGCUCUGACGACUUGAGGGGGCGUGUCUUUGUAACCUCCGGCCUGGGGGGCAUGAGUGGCGCUCAGGCUAAAGCUGCCGUCAUUGCCGGUUGUAUUGGCGUGAUUGCAGAGGUGGACGAGGCUCCUCUCAGAAAGCGAUAUGAGCAGGGCUGGGUGAUGGAGGUCACCAGUAGCUUGGAACACUGCAUUAAACGCAUCAGAGAGGCCAAGAGCUCCAAGACCCCUCUCAGUGUUGGUUACCAUGGCAACAUUGUAGACUUGUGGGAGAGGCUGCUUCUGGAGUAUGAAAGGACGGGGGACCUGCUGGUGGAUCUGGGUUCAGACCAGACCUCCCUUCACAACCCGUAUAACGGAGGCUACUACCCAGUCCAGCUCAGCUUCUGCCAGGCGAAUCAGCUCAUGUCGACUGACUCUAGUCGUUUCCUAACCAUGGUCCAAGAAAGCCUCUGCAGACAAAUUAAGGCCAUCAAUAAGCUUUCUGAUGCUGGUAUGUUUUUUUGGGACUAUGGCAAUGCCUUCCUCCUGGAGGCCAAGAGAGCUGGAGCAGAUGUAGAAAAGGCUGGUGGAGGGGCAUCAGAGUUUCGUUACCCUUCUUAUGUCCAGCACAUCAUGGGGGAUAUUUUCUCUCUGGGCUUUGGCCCAUUUCGCUGGGUGUGCACAUCUGGCAACCCCGAAGAUCUUGCUACAACGGAUGAUAUCGCUGCUACUAUCCUGGAGGAAAUCAGUGCCAACGUGACCGAUCACAUCAGGCAGCAGUACAACGAUAACAUCCGCUGGAUCCGAGAGGCUGGAAAACACAAGAUGGUUGUGGGAUCUCAAGCCAGAAUCCUCUACUCUGACCAGAAAGGAAGAGUCUGCAUUGCUUUGGCUUUCAACCAGGCUAUUGCUGAUGGGCGAGUUUCAGCUCCUGUGGUUAUUAGCAGAGACCACCAUGAUGUCAGUGGCACAGACAGCCCCUUCAGAGAAACCUCCAACGUGUAUGACGGAUCGGCCUUCUGUGCAGACAUGGCAGUCCAGAACUUUGUUGGUGAUGCAUUCAGGGGCGCCACAUGGGUAUCCCUGCACAACGGUGGUGGUGUUGGCUGGGGCGAGGUAAUGAAUGGAGGUUUCGGGUUGCUACUGGACGGCUCGGAGGAGGCAUCAAAGCGCGCCAGACUGAUGCUCAACUGGGACGUCUCCAAUGGGGUGGCUCGUCGCUGCUGGUCUGGAAACUCAAAGGCUUAUGAGACCAUCCAGCACACCAUGGAGGAGAAUGGGCAGUUGCGUGUCACCAUGCCCUUUUCUGUGCAGGAUGAGUGCGUGCUGGACCGUGCCCUGCAGGGCUAGACAACCUUUUAGAGCAGGUUAGCAACAGCCAGCGACAUACAGACACACACAAUCACACAGCAAGGAAACCUGAAACUGUCAUCCCUUCAGUUGGCGCUGAUCCAGCUGUGGAAAUGAUACACUGCAGAUGGUCAGUUAAGGAAUCCCUGGCAAUGUUAUUCCAUACAUUGUUUGCCAUGAAUACGGAAAAUAGACGACAACAUUGUUCUAGGAUGUAUAUUCUUUAUUUGUUGUGCUGAAAAUUAAACUACAAGUUUGUGUAAAUGAUAA